AUGAAGGGAACGAUUUCUCGUACAGUUAGCUUUUGCCGAGAGAAAAUGAAAGUUUCAAUCUUUGCUAUUGCAGUUGCUACGGCUACCUUGGCGUUACCCGCUCCCAAACAUGUUGAAGCAGAUCAACAAAAGGAAGAUAAAGCUGGUAAACGUCAUAAACCGCUGAAAACACCUGACCCACCCAUAAAACCAUCAAUAGUAAUAGUCGAACCACAACCGUCUUUCGAACCACAACCCCAAAAAUCAACACCACAAUCACAAAAUUUAACGCCAAAACCUAAAAAAUCAAAUUAUAAUUGGCAUCCUGGUAGAGUGGUUGAUCGAAAUAAUCCUCCUCCGCCAGAUAGAUAUGAACGUCGACAUUCACAUCAACCAAUAUCGUGUACUGAUCAACCAGAACGUGAAAGACGACAUUCAUAUAAUCAUAUACAGCCUCCACGACCUGAUUCUCCAACAAUUCCAACUGUUGAUUUUGAUGGAAGUCAAUGCAUAGUGCCCUCCGUACUCAUUGAAUCACGCGACUAA